AUGUCGGUAACGCACUAUUCCCUGGCCGAUGUAGACUAUACCUGUGGGACUGCCACUUACACCUUCCUUUGCAAUAUUUCGCAGAUGGCGCAGAUCCCCACCAAGCUCCUCGUCUGCGCUAAGGACACUGCUUGUAUUACCAUGCUCGGGCUGAGUGCUUCAAGCUUAGCCCUUGCCAGGGUUGUGCCAAGAGAUACUAUAAGCUUUCAUGGUCCCCUGGAUGUUACUGCAGGAUCAUUGCAUAAUAUCCACGUGGAGUUCAGUGAUGAGUUUGAAGGCCCUCUGCAACUCGUUUACGGGGACUGCAGCACCGAAUCUCCAGCACAAGGACACCAUGAAGUUCUCAGUGUGUUUGUGAAACGUGAGGCCCAGCCAAGUCGAUUUGUCUGGGUCACUCCUUCUGAUGCACCACACGAACACUGUCUUCAUGCCUUCUCCGGAAUGUCCCUGCUUGGUCGCUCUUCUCCCAUCACUGUGACCUCACCAAUAAAAAGACGUGAAAGCAUCGCCGAUGUGGCCGACAUGGAAGGUCCCUGGUUCGACGGUGUUGCAUAUAUGAAAUCAAAGAAAAACAGUGACGCUUUUAUCACCAAGGCAAAGAGUACAUCUGUUGCCAUCCUCGGCGGUGGAAUGUCCGGAUUAAUGACAAGUUUACUGCUUGAAUCUGUUGGUAUACAUGACUGGCACAUAUACGAGUCAUCAGAGCGAGUUGGUGGGCGUAUCCGCACCAAGUAUCUCAACAACACUCGUCCAGAUCAAUAUCAGUAUCAAGAGAUGGGCCCAAUGCGUUUUCCUGUUAGCAUCACCUAUGCUGAUACAAACGAGACACUUGAGAUUAUGGAUCACCGCAUGGUCUUCCAGCUCGCUGGUGUUCUUAACAAGAUGAAUGCCGAAGCUCCCGAGCUCCAGGUCAAUUUCAUCCCCUGGAUUCAAAACGGUCCCAAUCUUCCUGCAGACUCCGGAGGCGAUCGUCUACCCAAUGGUUUAAUUCCAACAGUUGCUGAGGUGGCAGCGAACGCAUCUCUAGUCUAUACAGCCCCAUCCUCCAACGCAACAGCUGCUGCCGAUGCAGAAGCCGCUUUCGAUAAUUACACGACUCUUGGCGACAUUGCUACAAUCCGGAAAAUUGCGACAAAUAUGUACAAGGCCCACAAGCAGGCUCUUGAAGAUGGCAUGUUCCACUGGUCCGAAGCUGGCUACCUGCGAUAUGCCCUCGGAUACAACUCCAACAUCACUGAUUAUGUCGCCGGAACAACAGAUAUGCCAAUCUGGGGUGACUUCUACGAUGAUGUCUACUUCUCAGCUACAAAGUGGCGUACUAUCGAUAAAGGACUCGAGUCUCUUCCACGUGCCUUCUUCCCCCAUGUCUCUGAGAAGUUAACCCUCAACCGUACCGUGUCAGGGCUAGUGUACAAUGAGACUUCGGGUAAGGUUGCCGUGGCCUGGCGUGAUGAUCCCCUCCAGAUGAAGCCAAAUACCUCUAAGGAGUACGACUACGCAGUAGUGGCAGCCCCAUUCAGCAAGGUCAGACUAUGGGAGCUCCCGCGCUACUCCUCUCUGCUCAGCCGCGCAAUUGCAUCGCUCAACUACGACCCAGCGUGCAAAAUGGCACUGCUUUAUGAAACCCGAUUCUGGGAACACCAGGAGAACCCUAUCUUUGGUGGCUGUGGGUCUGUAGACGUUGCCGGUGUCGGAAACGUCUGCUACCCUUCUUAUAACAUAAACGGGACAGGCCCCGGUGUUGUCCUCGCAUCUUACAUCUCUGGUACCGAAGCCCGCUCUGCUGCGGCUCUCAAUCCCGAGGAGCACGUUGCACUCAUCCAACGUACUAUGGUCGAGGUGCACGGUGAGGUUGCGGCUGAGCAAUUUACCGGUAUCUAUGAUCGACAGUGCUGGGAGUUUGACCGACACCAGGCGGGUGCGUGGUGUGACCCUCUGGUUGGUCAACAAGAGCUGUACCUGCCUGCUUAUUAUCAGACGGAGUUUCAGACUAUCUUUAUUGGCGAGCACACUAGUUAUACGCAUGCUUGGAUCUUCUCAGCUUUGGACUCCGCUGUCCGUGGGACGACUCAAUUGUUGCUCGACCUUGGAUUGGUGGAUGAGGCGAAAACAGUUGUAGAUACCUGGAUGGGUCGCUGGAUCAAGCUAUAA